CACUCCGGAGAUUCUCCAUUUAAUUAACAUCUUUCUUAAAUAGUGGUGCUUUUAAAAAGGCUGCAGAAUAGAUGUCUAACUAGGCUGGCUCCAUCAGAGAGGGUCAAGGGGCAGCUCAGAACAACAGGGAGUAAGGGCUGACUCGAUAGAUGGCUACGAAGGAUGUGUAGGGGUGAAACAAAACGUGUGAGAGGCAGACGGAGAGCGGAAAGGCAUGAAGGUUCCUGAUGGGAGCUGUCCAGCCCCGGUGACCGGUGGGGAUGCCCCUCGCCGGGGGGUGGAGGGAAGAAUUGGGUCACUCUUUGGGGCUGGGCGGGGCACAUGAAGUGGAUGAUAUUGCCUGACGCAGAGACGGAUCCGGCUGGAUGGAGGGGGAUUUUAGGGGGGAGGAGAAAGUGGGGGAGAAGGCGGACUUAGAGCUGAUCCUCCCUCCCUUCCAAGGCAUUGUGGCAGCGCCGGGACCUCAUGCCCCACCUCCAGACACCAGGUAAUCAUACCCAGGCCCCGCCCCCAGACUCAAAUCAGGUUCCACCCCUGGAAUACAACCAGAUUUAGGCCCCAUCCCAGAUAAACUGACAGUCAAAGAACAAACACUUAUUAAACUCCUACUAUGUGCCAAGCACUAUGCUAAAUUCUGGAGAAUCGAAGAGGCCCUCGAGAAAGUCGCAGCCUAACAGCGGAGACUCCGGGCGAACGAGCAAUGUACAGGAUAACUAGGAGAAAGUCAACAAACGGAAGGCACUGGGAUUAGGAGGGGUGGGAAGGCUCCGCCUCCGCAAAAUCCGUGACCAACCCUCACCUCCUCAAGGCCGCGGUCCUAGACCGCAUUUGGGGUUUUCCUGGCCAAGAUAGUGUAGUGGUUUGUCACUUCCUUCUCCAGUUCCUUUUACAGAUGGGGAAACUGAGGGAAGCAGUCUGAAAUGACUUGCUCAGGGUCACACGGCUAGUAAGGGAGGAGUCUGCAUUACCGCACUCCAGACCUGGCAGCUCAAUUCAUUCGUCACCUCGCUACCUCAGGCCCUGCCUAGAGGCAUCUUCAGGCUCAGGGCCGGGGAAACACUGUCAACCUCAGGCUCCGCCCCAGGAACCACGGGCCCCACCCUCAGGAGGCCAACAACCAGGUCCAGUUCCGCCCCUGGGUCCUUAGGCUCCGCCCAGACGUCAGCAUCUUUCCUCGUCGCUAUGGCAACCAUUCGCGCUUUCCUACAGCUCCGCCCCCUGACAUCAGUCUCUCCAGGCAGUCGGCCUCCUCUCCAACGCUCCAGAACGGAGGGGAAGCUGAAGUACUUCAGUGAGGACUACCAUUCCCAAGAUGCCACGCGCUCCAUCACUCGGACGGCGGCCGCUGACCAGUCCUGGGAAGGAGAUCCGCGCGUGCGCUGGGGGGGGGGUCGUCGCCCCUCCGCUGGAAUUUCUUCGAGAGCAUGUGCGGAAGGGGCGGGACGCUGAGGGCGCUAGGCAUUGUGGGCUUGUCUCCCAGGCCGCUGGUCGGGGGGCUAGCUCGGCGCAGAGGAGGGGGCACGGGUGGAGGCGGAGGCCGCUCCUGUCUCCAUGCCCGAGGAAGGAGCCCCCCGCUGCCCGGGCCCCGCCGGCGGCGCCACCAUGGGCGAGCUGGGCCUGGGCCUGGAGUUCCACACGUGGCGCCACUUCAGCAGCUUCUUCGACGACUGGUGUGAGCGGCACAAGGUGCUGUUCAUCAUCGCCAGCCUCAAGCCCCUGAUCUCCCUGCGCCAGCCCCCGCUGCCCUACCUGCCCAGCCUGGCCUCCACCCUGCGCUUCCGCUUCGUGCGCCUCAUCUGCAAGCACAGCGGCACCUACGUGGGGCAGAGCGUAGUGCAGCGGGACCAGCAGAGCCAGAAGAUCGACUGCCCGGCCCUCAUCACGCUGCGCCUGGGCCCCAAGAAGGACCGGCUGGUGGUGACGGAGGCCAAGCUGCAGCACAACCACCAGCUCUCCCCGCGCGAGUUCUCGCGCUGCUUCAAGCGCAGCCAGCUGGAGGCCAGCCUGGGGCUGCCCAUCCGCAUCACCAACAGCGUCUCCAAGCGCUUCCUGGCCCCCGACCUGGUCUGGAACCUGGAGGACUACAGCCGGGCCAAGGACAAGGGCAUGUGCCAGCUGCUCGGGGAGAUGCACGCCCUCUUCCGGGCUGACCCCGGGGCCAAGGUCAAGCUGGUCUUCCAGGAGGACGUGGCCAUCCUCAACUCCAUCUUCCUGGCCACGUCGCACAUGCGGCAGCUGGCGUGCUCCUUCCCCCGCCUGCUCUUCUUGGACCAGGCGGCCGGCCUGCCCGGGGACUUCGAGCUGUACUCUGUGCUCUGCCAGGACGCCAACGGGCGGGGCCGCGAGGUGGCCUACUGCCUGGCGCGCAGGGGCACGCCCGACCUGCUGGUCUUCAUCGUGGCCUCGCUGGUGCAGAGCGUCCCCGAGAUCAAGACGCUGGUGGAGUGCCUGACCGUGGGCGUGGCCUGCCUGGCGGGCGUGGACGCCGUGGAGGAGGUGCUGCCCUGCGCCCGCGUGCAGGUGUGCCGCGCUCAGGUGCUGGAGGCCCUGGGGCGCCGGGCGCGGGAGCUGGCGGUGCCCGGGGAGCGGCGCAUCGCCAACCUCCUGCACAACCUGGCCCACGCCGCCUCCCCCAAGGUCUACAGCCAGUACCUCAGCGACCUGGAAGACGUGGCCCCCCUGGAGUUCCUCCGCUACUUCCUGGAGACCUGGCACCCGUACAAAGGCACCUGGGCCGCCUGCUGGGCCUACUACCGGGGGGAGAGCUGCCCCUUCGUGGACCACCUCGAGGCUCACCGGCAGAAGCUGCUGCCCGCCCUGGCCCGAGACGCCUCCCUGGCGGGCUCCGUCCGGGGCUUGCUGGACCUCCAGAGCCUGCCCGUGGAACUUCAGGGGUUGCAGGCCGAAGAGGUGGCCGAGCGCUACCAGGCAGCGGGGCCCGGGGAGGCGGCCGCCCUGGCCGCCGAGGAGCUGGCCCUGGCCCGCCACGGCGGGGGCAUCCGGCCGGCCGAGGGGGGCGGCUUCGUGCUGGAGGGGACUGUGCGGGGGGCCUCCUUCACCGUGGGCGCCGACCUGGCCUCCUGCAGCUGCUCCAUCUUCACAGCUGGCCGCCGGCCCUGCCGCCACAUCUUCGCUGCCCGCCUCUGGGCGGGGAAGGCCCUCUUUGACGUCAGCCUUCUGCCCCCCGCGGGUGGCGACGAUGGGUAAGGGCCUUAGCGGGCCCACGCUGGGGCUUCGUGCAGGCUCCCGCCCUACGGAGGCGGAGGAGGAGGCCGUGGCUUUGCCUUCCUCGGCGCCUCUUUGCU